AUGGUUAAUUUUCAAAGGACUUGUCGGACUUGUAUGAAGAAUGAUGAUAAAUCUUUGAUAAAUUUGUUUGAUCUUUUCAAAACGGAAAAUAAUACUUCUUUAAAACUUGCCGACGUUUUAAUGCAAGCUACAUCUCUGCAGAUUGCUGAAAAAGAUGGUCUCCCGCAAAACCUUUGUAGUGUAUGUGAAAAAACUUUACAAGUAUUGUAUACUUUUAGGAAGCAAGCACAUAAAUCAGAAAGUGAACUUAAAAAAAUUAUAUUGACAUCUGCAGUGAUUAAGAAUGAAAAUAGUGAAACUGAUUUUAAAAAUGAAAGUCAAUGUGACUAUGUUAAUUAUUUAGAUAAUUUUUCAGUACAAGAUGCUUUACCAACAUCAAAUCAGGGUAAAGAUUUAAGUGAUAAUUAUGUGAAUGAUAAUGAAAUAGAAGAGACGGAUGUUAAGGUAAAAGUAGAAAAUAUAACUGAUUUGUAUAAAUGUACAGAUUGUUCUAUAACAUUCGAAAACCAAAAGUGCUUAGGUUUACAUUUAAAGGAGCAUAAAAAAGAUGAAUUACUUAAAUGUAAUCAAUGCGAUAUACAGUUUGAUUCAAAAAAAUUACUUGUAGAGCACAAAAAGCAGCACUCUGGCUCUAAGGAGAACAAUGACUUCAAAGAUCUGUACAGGUGUUUACAGUGCAUGCGGACAUUUGUGACGGAGGAGGAGUUUGUUAAAUGUGUUCUUCUUCACAAUGGUAUCAGUGAAAGUAAAAUUAAGGAAGAAGAAUCAGGGGGGUUCAAGUGUACAGUAUGUGAUCAGAUUUUUAAAAAAUAUCGUUCACUCAUAUCCCAUUUUAAAAAACAUUCAAAAGUGAAAAAGAAAAAGUUGUUUACAUGUGAUUACUGUAACAGGGGAUUUACACAAAAAGGCCCCCUGAAAAGACAUCUUGCAUUACAUACUAAAGAAAAGCCUUAUAAAUGCACAGAAUGCCCUCAAACCUAUUCCCGACACGAUGCCUGGGUGACUCAUAUGCGCAAACAUAGGGGCAUCAAACCUUAUGCUUGUGAACAUUGUGAUAAAGCAUUUCUGCAACUUUGUUCAUUAAAAGAUCACAUAAGAACACACACGGGAGAAACUCCGUUCUUAUGCUCUGAAUGUGGAAGAGGUUUCAAAAAUAGUUCUAAUUUACGGCAACAUUUGAAGCGUCAUACAGGAGUUAAACCAUUUUCGUGCAACUUGUGCCCUCUCACUUUUUGCACUAAAGGCCAAAUGAAAUGCCACAUGGACACGCACACCGGCGUACACCCGUACUCCUGCGACGACUGCGGGGCGUCCUUCACCAAGUCCAGCUCACUGAAGAAACACAAAUUCAUACAUCUCGGCAUCAAACCUUUUGCAUGCGACGGAUGCAACAUGAGCUUCUCGUGCAAGGACCACCUAAAGCGGCACCGGCGCACGCACACGGGCGAGAAGCCCUACCGCUGCGCGCGCUGCCCGCGCGCCUACACGCAGAGCAACGACCUCGCCAAGCACAUGCGCGUGCACGUCGGCCAGAACAUAUACGCAUGUACGGUGUGUGGAGCAAAGUUCCGCCUGCUGCGGGAGCUGCGGCAGCACUACCCGAUACACUACGCGGCGGCGGGGGAGGCGGGGGAGGGGGACGGGGAGUUGGAGGGGGAGGCGGGGGAGGGGAUAGUGGAGGGAGAGGGGCGCAUUACGAUCACCUUCAACAGGAGCGUGCUGGCCGAGGGCGGCGCGGGGGACGUCACCAUCAACAUCGGCGCCGAGAAAAUCAAC